AUGGUUCUUCACAAACUUGUAAAUUCCACCAACGUUGUCUUUCAUAUGUUGGAUUUGCAGCCAUAUGCAAUGGUUUUGCCUAUGGAUAAGGUUACCAGUGAAAAGAACAAGAAAAAGAUCCUAUCUAAAAUUUAUAGGAACAACCCAGAUACGUAUGCUUCAUAUAAAUUAUAUUUAAGGGGCAUGAAUCAGAGGAACCUUUUUCAAAAAAGUGAAAAUACUGAACAAAACAGUUCUCAUGACCCAAAAGGUGGCAAUAGUUUGAACCCCAAUCAAUCGGAGGCUCAGCAAAAUACGAGUUUGAAACGUGAAGACGAUGCUUUAGGGCAUCAAAAACAAAAUGCAGACCAAAAUGAGGACAAACAGAGUCUAGACAAACAAGGCGAACCUCAGGAGGACAUGUUCUCUGGAGUUAGGAGGUUUCUCGACAGAGUGGACUCUGAAAACAUAAUAGGAUGUAUGAUAAUACUGGCUUCCAAAAGCUCAGACAAAAGCUCUAUUUCCCCCGUGGCAGGCGGUAUUGUUGAAGUUUUCGAUGACUACGAAAGGUCGAUUCAAACCGUCUGGAUAAACAACAACAUUGGGAACUACGUGGUGCUCUCGACGCUGACUCUGAGGCUGUGCGCUCACGCGUACCAGAUGACUCUUCCGAACUCCAAGAGGAUUCAGCACAAAUCGAGGCUGAUAUCAAUUUACCAUCAGAUGGGCCAGACCUUUCCCAAGUUCGCGUACAGCUUCAUAAGGGAGGAGAUGCAAUUUUCAAAGCACUAUGAGAUUACGGCGCUGUCGAUAAAGCACAACGACAACCCUAAGAUCCCGUGUAGGUGCCUUAAGCCCACGCCGUCCGAGCUCACCGACACCAUGGACCCUGGCACCAUUCUUGAAAAUAGCCCCCUGUUUUUCGGAAUUACUGAGAGCAGGUUCAGCGGGAUGUAUAACAGCACCUAUGAGCCGAUUUUAAUAGGAUUCAUGAACCUGCUGAGCGGAAAGCUCAACGAUAUCUCUAAAAUCGUGCGGUUCGAAGAGAGCGUAAGUUACUACGACGAGGACGACGACUUUAAGGCCAAACGGCAGAAGCUGAACUAUAGAAGCAGGAGAUUGCAAAACAGACUGUAA